AAGGUGUGACAUCAACAGUAAUAAUGAAGGCAGCUCAUCAGUGAGUUCCCUCAGGACGCCGGCUGGAACUAUAAAAGGAAGUUGGAGAGUCCAGUGUGUGAUCAUAACUGAUGGGAGCUAAGCAACAAAGCAGACUGACUUCACAGCCACCAAGAGAGGUCAUCAAGGUCAACAUGCGGCAUCUGGACUUCUUCUUGAUCUCUCUCUGUGUUUUACACCUCUUCACUCAGUGUGAAGGGCGCCCCCUCAGAAAGAGGACGGUGAGUGAGGUCCAGCUCAUGCACAACGUCGGGGAGCACAAGCGGGUGAAGGAGCGGCAGAACUGGCUCCUGACGAGGCUGCAGGGCGUCAGCAGCGGCAGCAGCGUGGAGACGACCCGGACGAAGAGGAGGCUGAGCCCGGAGGAGCUGUCCGACCUGAGCGGCAUGACACCGGAGGAGAUCCAGUACGCUUUGGACCUCUCCGGUUUGGAGUCACAGCAGGCGUGAUUAGUAGACACUUCCAACAUUUAAAAAGAAAUUUAAUUUCUAUUUUUCUAUUUUGUUCGUCUUUUACUAGAAUGUACUUUUAUUUAUUUUACAUUUUAUUUAUGAAAUUGAUAUUUUAUAGGGGGAGGGGACUGCUUUAUUUUUUAUCUUAUUUUAUUUGAACAGGUGGUGUUUUAAACCACUCAUAAAGCUGCUUACUUCAACAAAAAUGAAGAAGAAGAAGAUUAAGAGUCUGGACCAACUGUGUUAUUUAUGAUUUAUUUGUGCUGUCUAGUUUAAAUGUAUAGAUUUAUAUAUAUACAUGCUACUUUUUUUAAAUUAUUAUUUUUGACUGUAAAACAUCAGAAAACGUCUGAAGUUAGGUUUUAUAACUAUGCACUUCAGCAACAUAGGAACAAAUGAUAUAUUUUAUAAUAUUUAUGUUUAACUACAUAAAAUAGUUUUUAUUUUUAUAAGUAUG